UCAUUCUUUGGCUCAGAAACAGGCUCACUGUCUCUAGGUUUUUGCGGAGGUUUCGUUUGGGGUGGUCACGAGCAUUUCUUCCGCAGAGGAUGAAGAGCAGUUGAUGGAAGAAGUGCGCGAGGUGUUCACAGCAAGUUGUGAGGAUCAUUGCCAUCCUAGGGGACGCCAUGUCGUUCAUGAAGGGAGACUUGCUCUCGAAGACGCGGAAGCUGAUGAAGGGCGGAAUUAUUGCCAGGCCUCGCUGGUUCGAUGCUGUCAUGAGGUGCCCGUCCACGACGAACUUGACCGAUGCCAUUAGGGUUUAUGUGCCGAGAGUUUAAAACACUGCGCCCAGGCUUCCUUCGUUUUUUUGUUUUUUUUGUUGAGUCAGCAUGGAAAAUCAAGAUAGCCGGUCUUCUAGAAAAGAUGGAAAGGGGCGCAAGGAGAAGUAUUCAAGUGAUUUGAGUGAUGAUUAUAUGGAUAGGAAGCGGAGUUCCUCAAGGAAAGAUGAAGAGCGUCGCAAGAAGAAGUACGAGAGUGACUCAAGUGAUGAGUCCCUCGAUAGCAGGGAUAGCAGAGAUACCAGGGGAAGGAGUUCCUCUAGGAAAGAUAAAAAACGGCAGAAGAAGAAGAAGACGAAGUAUGAAAGCGACGUCAGUGAUUUAUCUCAAGAUAGCAGAGGGAGGAGCUCCUCAAGGAAGGAUAGAAAGCGAGAAAAAGAUCGCAAAGAACGGAAGAAGCUUAGGAAGGAGAGAAGGAAGGAUAAGGAGCGAAGACGCAACAAGGAUAAUGCAAGGGACGUGUCUUCAGAUUCAGAUGUUGAUGUUGCGUCGAAACCAGAGGACAUUGUAAAGGAGAUCUACACAAAUUUUCCAGUUGAAGCAAAGGAUCUUGGUCAGCUAAUGGAGAUGAUGGAUAGUGGCCAAGCCGUUGACAUCAGUGGAUUGCCAAACAAAGGACUUGUUUUACUCCUCAAGAAGCUGUUUUCAGCAUUGAACCUAACUUUCUCGCAAGGGACUUAUUUAAUACCCAAAGACGCAGAACCAACGAUGGAACGUUUGGCCCCAAUUUUCAAAGAACUCUCCGCAGCAACUCCUGCUACGCCUGCAGAAACAAGAGCAGAUUUGGAGACCCCUGCCACUCUAGAUAAUGGGCCAGGUCCUGUGGAAGUAAAGCGCAGGGUCAUGGGUCCAGCGAUGCCUUCAGCUGAAACGUUAGCAGCCGCUGCACGACUUACAGAAGCUGAGGCUCGUCUCAGGGAGGCAGAGUUGGAACUAGAGAAUGAUCCAUUGAUUGGACCUGCUCCUCCAACAGUGGUGGCAGAGGCUGCUUCUGCCAAUGAAGCUGAGCGAUUCGAAGAGGUAUCCAGAAUGCUUUCUCGUGAAGUGAAAAACGCAUACGAUGUAUUGGGCGUAAAGGCAGAUGUUGAACCCACUGUUCUGAAGAAAAAGUAUUGGAAAUUGUCUUUACUGGUACAUCCUGAUAAGUGUCCACAUCCACAAGCGCACGAGGCCUUUAUGGCACUAAACAAGGCAUUUAAAGAUCUUCAGGAUCCCACAAAGAAAGCUGAGAUUGACCGCAAAGUUGCUGAGGAACGGGCUCGCGAAGAAUUUGCGGCUGAACUGCAGGCAAAACGUGAGGCUGCUCAAUGGAGACGUCUUCGAGGAGAGGAAGAAGAGGGUGAUGACGAGCUGCUGAGAGGUCCUCAGGAGGUGGCCAGAGAUGAAUGGAUGACAAAACUUCCACCUGAGAGACAGGCUGGUGGACCUCCUGCUCAGCAUAAUACCUUCUUCAGCAAAUCUGAAAAAAGUGGCCGUGGAGACACAAGCGCUUGGACUGAUACGCCAGCGGACAAAGCUCUGAAGGCAAAAAUGCAGUAUUUGGAAGCAUAUAAGCAAGCUGCUCUCACAAAUGGUCCCACUGACGAGCUUGAAGAACGCGAGAAAGAGAGAGCAGCAAAGGAGGCACAACUUAUGGACUCAUAUAACUCAAACAAAAGGUCUAUAUCGCUUGUGGAGAAGCACAAGGCUGAGAGGUCAGCAGGUAGCAAGAAGAAAAGCAAGAAGACUGAUAAAGUAGGGGUCGUAUCUCGGAGAGAAAGUGAAAAAGAGCCAGAAUGGAAGCAGAAUCACCCUUGGAAACCGUGGGAUCGAGAGAAAGAUUUAGCAGCGGGAAGGAAAUCCGUAAACUUGGACCCCAAGAAUUUCAAGGCAGAACUAUCAUCUAGGUUUGGGGGUUUCACUGACAAUGAGCCAAGAAAGUUUUUGUAGGAUUCAAACCUCAACAAAUCGAGAUUUAAGAGUUGGUUUAUUCAAAAAAUGCCUGUACAGGUGCUUGCAGAAUCAAUUGAAUUUAUCGGAGCUGAUAUCGUGUUGCUGCCUUUCCUGUGCAAUUCAUCCAAACGAUGACAAAGUGUGUUGCGCUUGCUCUUCAACGACGUUGCGGCCACUUGAUUUGGUUCUACUUCGGAUGUUGUAUUAAUUGUGGAGAGCAAGAUGAGACUUGUGCAUAGGUUAGUAUUCAGCUUUAGCUAUCCUGGACGUUCCCACUUGGAGUCGCAGCUGGGCAUCUUGCAGGUCUAAGUUUCUGGUAAUUUUAAGGGAAAAUAUUAUAUAUAGCCCUCAAAUAUGUCGAAAUAUCAAGAAUACCUUAUAUUCUUGAUAAUAGUUUAUAUAUCCUUAGAAUUGUUUACAAUAGCACACGGACCCUCCCUAGAAUUGUUGAUAUAGCACACAUAACCUCCACGUUGAUAAGGUGUUAGAAAUCUGACAAUCUCAUUAAUGUUUUUGUCUUCAUUUGGGCCCAAAUAGUGGUUUUUGUGA